GCAGAGUCUUCAUCGCCCCCCAGACAGGACCAGUCUGCCGGGUCGCCGGGCCUCGACUCGCCUCUGGGCGGCGUGUCCUCCACGGGCGACGCGACGCCCGGCCGCUUCGGCGGGGCUUCGCCCAGCCGAUGGGGCGGGGCGAGCCCGGGCAGCAAGUCGCCCAUGGGCAGCAAGUCGCCGAUGGUCGAGUCGCCCAAAAACGGCGCGCCGGCGCCCGCAGCCACGCUGCCUUUAGCCGGAGCCGGGCCGCCUUCCUCAAGUUCGAAAUCGUCCACGCAGGACACCUUGAAGAGCGCCCUAAAAGCAUCAGCAUCAGUUCCUGCGGGGCCGGGGCUUCCUGUGGAUCCUGAAAUGGCGGUGAAGAUCAUGGCCUACAAAGAUCGGCAGGACAGGCGUGGCAAGAAGAAGCUGGGCCUCGCUGGUCAGGAGGGCGCGUCGAGCUUCCUGUCGCAAGUGCCGGAGGUGGAAAACGACGUGCCUUUCCGCUUCAUGUUCGAGGUCAAUGGUCCGAAGGUUGACGUUGUGGUGCGCAACGCCUGUGAGAGCAUCGCAGCCUUAUCCCUGCGCGAUAUGGACAGGGAGUCCUGCUCCCAGUCCUCCCACUCCAAGGAGAGCGGCGAGGUGAAGGAGCGAGACUCCCUGCUCUCCUCCAAGGUGUUUCGCUCCAGCAGCGCGAGCUUCCUCCCGCACGUGUGCCUUUGCGAAGUGCCACGGGAAACUCCCGCGGCGAUGGGAAGGCAGCCAUCGGUGAGCAAGCUGAGGCUGGCCAAACUCUCCUUCAGGAAUCUACCCUACGGGAAGCUCACGAAGGCCUGCAACAGCGCCUCGGACGCCGAGAACUGCUGUAUGGUCUUUAUGGUCUUUGUGGACGAGGAGGUGGCCGUCUUCCACGAUCGCAUGGAAGAGAUUGAGAAGGCCAUCCUUCACAUGACCGAGUCCAUUCCGCCCACGCGGCGGCCUGUGCCGGCGGUCUUCCUGUUGGAAAAGAAGAGGACCGACAUUGCCAAGUGGAAGCAGCUUCUACAGGACUACGAGGAGCGUUGCAUGGCACAAGAU